UUCUCCGCAGAACAACGCAAAAAAUGUCGUCCAGCAGAACAUCUAGACGUAAAUCUGACAGAAAAGGCAAAUCCAGGUCUGUGAAAGCGAAGAAAAAUGCCGAAGUUGUUGAUCACGUGAUAGAAACAUUUGAGGACGGCCGUGAUGUUGUUUCGUCCAUUCUUGAAGAAACUCAGAAAUCCGAUGGGAAAAUUGACGAUGAAAUUAUAAGCAUUGCCAGUGAUGCAUUGCUUUGUUUAGAAGAAGUGUAUUGCGAUUCGAAUUCAACACAAGCCAUGAGUCCAAUUGAAAACUGGGGAUCUGAAAUGAAUGCCAUCUCGCUUGUAAUCGGUGAAGGUGAUGAAGCUGUUCUGUUGAAGAGCAAGAUCCAGCAGCUGACCAACUGUCAUGAAAUUCAAAUUUGUAAACAAGAAGAAUCGUUGGAGUUGUGUAAUAACAAAGGGUUUGUUCUUAUCUGGUUGCUGAUGGACAUGCCUGUUGGACCAGAUAUCCUUAGUUUGACCACAUCUAUUAGAUAUACCAGUAAAUGCAACAGAGGCACAGUUAUAAUAGGUGUAGCAAAUGAUAUUUCCUCAGUUGAUUUAAGGCGUCAUGGUAUAGAUGAAAUUGUUCUUGAACCUGUGGAAGAUGGACUCAUUCGACAGAAAUACUCCAAAUGGACAUCCAUCACUAUUAUUCCUGUGGAUUUGGAUUGUUCUGAGAUGGACAUUAAAGAAAUUCCAUCAUCUUCUGAAAACCCUGGUACACCAAUGUCACCUUCUACAACUAUAUGUGCAGAACAACCCAUAAGAGGUGGAUUUAGUAUUUCUGUGGACAACAAGUCUGGUCAACUUAGUCUUGCCCAGCUUGGUGGAUUAAAUAUUAUGAAAUGUAUGACUUCACAGAUGAAUGGACAACAGACCGAAAAACUUAAACAACAGUCUGCUAAUGAUCAUACAACUAAAGAAAAAGUUCGAAGAGAACGAAUCAAGGACAGUUGUGAUCAGUUACGUGUUCUGCUACCAUACAUAAGGGGUCGUAAGACUGAUAUGGCAUCUAUUUUGGAAAUGUGUGUAGACUUCAUUAAACUGGUCAAUGCAGCUCUUCCUCAAGACUUUCAAAACCAAAUUACUGAUAUACUGGCCAGGGAUUCCACUAUACCAGAAUCUCCUACACCAAGCAAAAAGAAGAAAUCCAAGAAAGAAGAGGCUGACUCAAAUGCUGUUUCAUCAACUGUUGAUACAGAUAUAAAUAAUAAUGAAAUGAAGGCUGUUGGCUAUGGACAGCAGUAUCCCAGUGAAGGAAUAAAAGAUAAUGAUCCCUUUAUGAGUUCAAAGUCAACCAAACGUUUCCUUGUUCAGGCUGACAAGUUUUUGUCAUCGCCUCCAUCAACAAGCUGUAUAUCUAAUGCUUUGACACUCGGUCAAUAUGAACCACCCAUGUCAAGGCCUGGAUCAGCUGUCAUGGAUCAGCAGCAGUCACCAUACUCUUUUAGCACAGGACCUCAUGCAUUUUAUAAUGAAUAUGAUAUACAGAAUUUUCAUAGGACAUACAACUCACAUGAAGCAUAUCCAAAUGCUUUCUUUGGCUCACCACUGGCAUCAAAACAAACUGGAAUUGAUCGUGAUGCAUUCAGUAUGUGCAUGGAACCUCAACCAUAUUACCAGUUUUAUGGAUCCAAUGCCAUUUGUCCAUACAACAUGCCCCAGAUGCCAGAUCAUGUCAAUCCGAAUGCUGUAUUACCUGUUAGCCAUAACAAGUCUACUCAUAGCAUUACUUACGAUGAAUCUAAUGUGUUAUCCCAGCAUACUCCUUUGUCUUCAGAGGAUGUUAAACCUCAAGAGUGACCAGAAUUCUUACAAGGAUUGUAUACUAUAGGAAAAAGGAAAGACCUCAGAAAAGUCAUUAAAGAAUAUGGAAAAAGGGUAAGGAGAUUGAUCACUUUCCUGGUUUUAUGAAAGCAAUGUAAGUUUUGAAUAUGAGUAUCACACAGUUUUAAUAUUGGCUUGGUUAUAGUAAUAUUAUUUAAAGAUUUGCCAUUAUCAAUUCACUGCUGUGUAAAAUUAUUGUAUCUUGGGUUGGGAUUUCAGUGACUGUCCAUGUUUAUUUUUUAAUAUAAAUUUUAGUGUUCAUAAUGUUUAUUCAUGUACAGAUAAACUUGUGCAUUUAUACUUCCUAUUUUUGUUGUGAUUUCUAUUAAUAUUUUAUGUUUAUAAAUUGUUAUGUUAAAGGGAUUGUUAUAAUGUUUACUCUUUUUAGCUCCUUGAUUAUCUUAACAAAAGAAUGAAAUUGAAAAUUAUUAUAAUUAGUGUAAGAUGAUGAAAUUAUUGUUUAGAGAAUGAUACUUAUUAUGUUUAGAAUUUGAGAAUAGAUUAAUGUCUCCAGAUGAAAUAUUUUAAUGAUAUAAUUGUUUGAUCACAAAUGUAAUUGUUUGAUCACAAAUGUAAUUGUUUGAUCACUAAUGUAAUUGUUUGAUCACAAAUGUAAUUGUUUGAUCACUAAUGUAAAUGUUUGAUCACAAAUGUAAUUGUUUGAUCACAAAUGUAAUUGUUUGAUCACUAAUGUUAUUGUUUGAUCACAAAUGUAAUUGUUUGAUCACUAAUGUUAUUGUGUUAUUGACUAUUAAUUGUGUGUGAAAAAAUGUUUGAUUACUUAUAUUUGUUUUCUGUGUUAUUUGAAUUUAAAUGAUCGACUGGUGUGGCUGUGAGUGUCGACUUUGAGUUAUAAGUUCUGGAUUAAGUAGGUGCUUUGGAAACUUUGCAGAGAAAUAUAGACUCGACCACUGUAUCAAGUGUGAUACCAUAUUUCUCCACUAAAGACAUUUAAAUAUUCAAAAAUGAAAUAUAAUGCUUGGGGAGCAUUAAAAAAAUCGAAUUUUGAACUAUCUAGAAUUAUUGUAUUGCACAUGAAUAUGGUGGUGUUUCUUUAAAUUCUCAAAAAAAUUAUGAUGGUACAUUUAUGUGUUCUUUCAGAAAAGAUGUUGUCAAAUAUGGACACCUUUUUGAUAAUGUCACAAUAUCAAAUUUAGAGGAAGGUGUUAUAAUUUGACAUUAGAAAUGUGUAUCAUACAUACUGAUGUAGGAUUUAUAAUUAUUGUGAGUUGUGUAUAUUCUGGUCUUAUUUAGGAAUUUUAUAUUCCUAUGUCCUGUUUUACAAUUCUAAGUACCAAUAACAUUUUAUGAUUUUCAGAGUUAUGAAGCUAAAAGUUAAGCUUAAAUAGGAUAAAAUAUUUUUAAUUACUUUACUAUUAAGGCUCGAAAGAAAGGAAUUACUGCCCUAUCUUUAAGUAUGCUUGAUUUAAAAAAUAUUGCAUUUACUAAAAAAAAUUCUCUAUCUUAUUCCAUCUUGAAAGUAAGUUUAUUUCAGCAAAGAUGAAUUUUGCCUGAAAUAAUAGUAUUUAGAUAGAGUUAUCUCUCUUGAUUCAUGAAAAUACAUAUCAUGUUUUAAUAAUUGUUCGAAUAGUGAUGUCUUCCACUUGCAUUGUGAUAUAUUUACCUUAUUUUUCAAAACUCUGUCAGGAACAGAGCGGUAUCUGUUGAAUUUUGUUUACAUGUUCAAUGUUUCUAUGACAAUUUUUUAUAGCAGCUUAUGGCUCAUGUAUUUUACAGUUUUGGUACAAUGUCAUGCUUAAAUAAAUAGAUGAAAUUUAACUAGAUUUGAAUUAAUUUAUUUAAUUUUGUUCAUUAAUAAGGUUAUACAAUUGCCCAUAUUUAAAAAUUAGUUUGUUAGAAUUAAGAUAAAAAAAGUUGAAAGUUAGAUCAGCUUUUUCUACAAAUUCAAUUUUUUAAAUGGAAGUUAAUUGGAUGGCUGUUAUGAAUCAGUAUAUGGGAGGCCAUUUGGACAAGCUAAGUCAUUUUAUUUUGUUAUGGUUUAAGCUAGGUUAUUUUUACAUAUUGUUGAUACUGGUAAAACCAGCUGUAAUGUUCCCUUUUUUUUAUCCAGCUUAUAAAAAAAUUCUUGGAUUUUUUUGUUUUUAUUGGAUAAGGUUAAAUAAAUUUUAGGUAUACUUCUAAUAACCUAAAUUGCUGAAAUGUAAAAUAAAAGCAUUUCCAUGAACUUACACACAUUAAAAAAAUCUACAUUAUAGGCAGAAAAAGGUAUGUGUCUGGAUUUUCAUAUGAAAUGUAUGAAAAGGAAAAAAAAAAACUUUUUGAAAUUGAUUAAAAUAUCAAAAACAUAUAAUUCCUAAUUCAUCACCUCUUUUUUUGCUAAGAUUUGCUCCCUUUUAUCAAAUUUGUAAUUUUCAAAUAAAAAUACUAUUGCAGCAAUGCUUUCUCUCCUAAAUCCACAAAACAAAUGAAUAUAUUUACACGUUGUUUCCUUGGCAUAUUUAAGGCAAUGGCAUCAAAUCAGUUAUUUGUAAAUUCAGAUAAAAAAUGAGACAUAGAAAUAAUGCUAGCCUGUUUCUAUUUUUAGAAGAAAUAUGGUAAGAAAAAUAAAUGGUUUUAGUGGUUGCCUAAUGUUUUGAUUUUAGUCUAAUAUACUAGUUGUUUUUCACAAAAUUGUGCCAUUUUCUUCUGAAAAAAGGAGUAGUUUUAAAAUAUAUGUUUUUCCAAAAUCACACUAAAAGUUGACAAAAGCGAGGGAAAAAAAACUGGUUACAGUACACAAGAAAGCCUGAUAAAAAAAAUGAAUUUUUAAAGAAAAUGUUACAUAUCAUUAUGUUUGGUAUUUACUUGUUAGUUUUAUAGAAUUACAGGAACAGUUGUGUCUACUGUUAUCAAAUUUCAACUUCUUUUAAUAGUUUAAUUUUGCUUGAUGUACUUUUAUGUAUCAGGAUAAAGUAUAGAAAUUAGAAUUUCAGAUAUUACUGAAGAGUUCAUCGAAUUCCUGGAGUAAAUUGAAGUAAAUCAAAUAAAGUGAUACCAUUAGAUUUAAUCCAGUAUUGAUGUACUAAGUUACUCUUUAAGGUUUGUAUGUGAAGUUAGACAACAACACAUUCUGGGUAGGACUUGUAAUCUGUCUAGCUCAAAAUGUAUGUAAACAUUUUUAACACAUCACAGUUAGUGAAUUCGGUAUCAAUAAAGCAUUGAAUGAUGUU